AUGCGUGUGUACGACGCAGACGCCAAGAGCUACGUCGUGGAGGGAAAGGAGUACGGACGGAAUCUGAGGCCGGAGGAAGUCUUGUUUGCCUUGGCACGCUUUUUGGGGCGGGGUAGGAGCCUUGGGGUCGGGGGGCACGCGCGAAACGACCCAGGCCCGGGAAGUUUGCGUUCAAGGCAGGCAAAGGAUGGUCGGCAGGAAGGAGAGUCUGAAAGGCCGAAAGGGAAAGGAGAGGCGUGCCCUGAAGGUGAGGGGGCGGUGCCUGAGAUGGAGAGAGGGGAGCAAGAGGGGGCGGUGCGACGCCUGGACUGGUUCAUAGCCCGCGUGGCGGCCUUACUCGACUGGUUUCAAGGCCAAGCCUGCCUUUGCUUCUGGUCUUCAAGCCUCUUAUUUGUCGAUCACCAGGCCUGGGACCGUGCCGGGGGUCGGGGUCCCGUGUCCUGGGUGCCGCGGGGCCAGGGUGCGAGAAAGGAGGGGGCGCCGCCGGAGGAAACAGCGGCGUUGGAUGUGCGGAUGAUCGAUUUCGCCCAUGUCCAGGUCCGGGAGGGAGGAGACGGGGAGGAAGUCGAAGGAGGGGAGGACGGGUGGGAUUCCGGGCGUGAGAACUACGCGCAGGGGUUGAGGUCCCUCUUGGAACAUUUGCAGCGACUGCGACGAGAAGCCGCGGGCAUGCCUUGA